GGGCCGGCGCCGCUGCGGGCGUGGGGGCCGGGAGCGCGGCUCCCAUUAUGGUCAGCCAUGGCGGGGCCGGCUGCCUGGCUGGGCGAGCUGGGCUGGUACGCGCUGGUCGCCCUCUUCGUGGCCGCGCUGGCCACCCUGGCCGUCUACCUGGUGCAGUACGCGCUGCUGGCGCUGCGGCGGGGCGGGCGGCGGCGGCGGCGGCUGCCUCCAGCGCCAGCGCCGCUGCCGCCGCCUCCGCCGCGGCGGGACGAGCUGCUGGAGGAGGGCGGCUCGGUACUGGGCUGGGCGCUGUCGCGGGGCAGCUGGCGGCGGCAGUGGCGGCGGGCCUGGGUGGCGGCGCUGAGCGCCGAGGCCGCGGCGCGGGCGGAUUCACAGUUGAUUACAUUUGAGAACCAUGACCCACCGGAACCACUUGAGUUAGCAGUUAAAGAAGUUGUUAGUGUUGUAAAGUCAGCACAAGAGAAGGUGGUUUCUUGUAAUGUUGUGGGAGAUUCCAUUACAUUUGCUGUCAAUGUCUUGCAUACUUCACCCACUACUGCAGAAAGUCAGUCAUACAGUGUGAAACUGUCUCCACUUCACUUGCAGCUUCAGCUCUACGUGAAAGACAAGGGAGAAGAUGUCAAAGUUGAGUGGUUCCUCAUUAAUGCCUCUGAAACCAAUUUUGAAAUCCAGCCAUCAGUGCAGGAGGGACAGACAGCAGGGAUAUGUGCAAUAUCUGAAACACUCAGAGAUGUUUUGAAGAACCUCUUCAGUUCAGUUUCCGCAUCUGUGGUGCUGAGUACAAAGCCUACAGAUAUAAAGGAGGUACAGAAUGUACAAAACAUAAGCGUUGUCCCUCAGGGCACUAGUCCACCUAAACCUCCAAGGGCUCAUGAGCUGAAACUACUAGUAAAGAACAUCACGGUAAAACUAACUGAUGAAAAUGCUGCAGGCAGCACAAACCUUGUGUGUAUACUUCAGUUGAAUGACCCUAUACAGAAGUUUUCCAGCUCUGUAGCCAAAAAUGCUGCAAAUGUCUUUUGGAAAGAAGAGUUUAUCUUUGAAUUAAGUGCCAAAUCAAAAGCAUUGCAACUGCAAAUAGAAGAUGGAAACUUGGACGGUUCUUUGUUGGCAAGGGCAACUGUACCUCUUGACUUGUUCAGAAAACAGCCUACUGGCCAGCAAAGCUUUGUGCUGAACAGCUGGGCCAGCGAGAGCAGCCCAGAGCUUGGGCCUGAGCUAGGAUCCAUUAGUGCCGAGUUCUCUUUUAUAGAACCUAAUGAAUUAAAGUCUUGGCAAGUUUCUUCUCCGGUGCCAGGCACCAAGAUAGAAAAGGAUCGAACUGUGAUGCCCUGUGGGACUGUAGUCACUACUGUAACUGCUGUGAAAACCAAACCUCGACUAGAAGGGAGAUCUUCCCCACUGAGCACAGAUUCUCCUGUGAAAACGCCAGUUAAAGUAAAGGUGAUUGAAAAGGAUUUCUCUAUUCAAGCUAUCCAUUCCCAUGGUGCUCCAGUCAGCAAAACUUUAUCAUCUUCAGAUACAGAGCUGCUGGUAUUGAAUGGCACUGACCCCGUUGCAGAAGCAGCUAUUCGACAGUUAAGUGAGUCUGCAAAGCAGAAGCUGAAGUCUCCUAGAAAGAAAAGCACCAUUAUAAUAUCAGGAGUGUCAAAGAUCUCUUUAUCUCAGGACAGUGAAGCUGCACUGAUGAUGGACUAUGCUGCAACCAUGGAGGGCUCUUGCAAAAAAGCAGAUCCACCUGCUGCGGAGGAGCAUAUUGCAAAAGUCACCUCUGAUGAAAAGCUAUCAUUAGGUGCUUCGGAAACAGCACCUGAUACUGAUCCACAGCAAAGUGACCAUAAGGCUUGGGGUUUGGAGAAUGGCAGCCAGCAGUGGAACAGCAACACACUGCUAGACCAGACUUGUGAAGAAAUGUCUGGGAGCUCAUUAAGUGUUUCAGAAACUGGGAGCAUGAAAAAAUCUAAAGGUGGGAUUUUAAAAAAAAGCGCAAAGCUCUUCUUUCGUCGGCGGCAUCAUCAGAAGGAUCCAGGAAUGAGUCAAUCGCACAACGAUCUUGUCUACCUGCAGCAGCCACUGUCAGAGGAAACGCGCAAGAAGGGAGGAACACUUUCACGUAUUCUUAGCAGGAAGCUCCUUUCCAAAAACAAAAGCAAGAACAAACUGAAUGGUGCUUCAGCAGAACCAUCCAUAUAAGACUGAACACACUCGAAUGGGAUAUUUGCACAUCCGUUGAUCAGUUGUUUACAGAGCAGUACCAGAUAACACACAUGCAGCUGAUGACCCACAUAAAAUGAUGUUCACUAAUACAGUAGUCAAGGAAUAAACAGAAAGCUUGUCUUUCCUUUAUUUUUCCAGAAUGCUUUCCUUUAUAAUUAAUGAGUUGCUCCUCCAAAUACAAGAAGUGUGAAUUGUAUCAUGGCAGCAUUUGAAGAAUUGCAUGGUUUGUUGUAGAGGAUAAGGAAAGAUGGAGAAUGGUGCAGGUGGGGGGAGAACUUUUAUGCGAGCACCAAGUUUACAUUAGUGGAGAGCUAAGAACUGAAAAAUCCUACCUGCUGUAUGACUGAACCACUAUAAAAGAGAUGACAUACCACUGUGCUUCCUUACUGCAACACGGAAUGGUAGCAACACAAGUCUCAACUUGGUUUUCUAGUUAGGCUGAAAGACAAAAGAGAGACACAGAUCCAGUUUGUAUUGUAAUUUAGAAACGGGUAAGUUUUUAGAGGCAGAACUAAAAUGCUGAUUAAGAUAGCCUGCUGUAAUAACUCUAGCCUGCUGUAUUAACUGCUCAGUCCAUGUAGGUGGAGAGAUGCCUUUGAUAUUAGCCAUAAAUCAAUAAAUUAUGCAAAUGCCUAUACAAGCAUAUUGUAUAAUAUUCUGUGCAUGUUAUGCUUAAAAACAGAACUUUUCCUAAGUCUAUCCAAGUCUACUUGCAAACAAAAUAUUUUAAAAUUCCUACAUGUAGCUUCUCUUCCAUAUGUGAGAAACUGCACUGCUAAUGCAACAACUUGUCUAAGGGGCUCUAAUUCCUUCUCUCAAGUACUUGUUAAACAAGUAUAUUAAUCAUCAUAUCAAAUGCAAAGCUAGGAGCAAUAAGUGUUGAACAGAGCAUAUUUAACCUUACAUAAGCUUUUCAUAGAUAGCUUAUUUUAGAUGCCAAAUGGUUACUGAGAUCUUAGAAAAUGCAGUUGUGAAGAGAGCUUCUUUCUUUAAAAAGUAACAAUAAUUAUCCCCUAACAUCAGUUUCUAGAGGUAUCAGUGUUGUCACAUGGUGAGUGGCUGGUUGGGCUUUGACUUUUUACUCAUUAAAUACAGCAGCUGGCUCCUUUAAAUUAAAAUGAAAAAAUGGUGAAAGUAAAGUUAUAGUUCUAUUUUUUUUUAAGAUACUUAAAUAGAGGAGUAAAAUAUCGGUUGGUAUCUCACAGGCAGCAUCUUUUGCGCAUACUUGUACUUUUCCAUCGUAUACAUUCUUACCAAGAACAAAGGACUAUGCCAGCUCUCUUUAGCCAAGAAGAACACCUAUUUCAUCAAAACUUCUGACAUAAAUGGAUGAUAGAUUUGUGCCUGCUUUGCCAAGAGUGAUUUAUCCCCCCCUUAAAAGACUUCUUUACAUUAGGAUGGUAGAAAAUUGGGCUUACAUCUUAAAGCAUCCUUCAAAAAUAGAAAAACAGAAAUACAUUUCAAAACUUCUGGUCAGUUUCGAGUUCCCUGGCAAAUAUUUUUGCAAAGAUAAAUCUGGAGGAUUUUUUUUUAAUUCAAAGAAAUGAACUGCAAAAAUCUUUUAACUGAGUCUAAUGUUUAAAAAUACAGUUUUUAUGUAGCCUACUAAAAUCACUGUGGUAGUACAGCAGUCCAGAUGAUCAAACAGUUGUAUGUUUAAGCAUGCUGCUUAUUAUGAAAACACUUGAAGGUGUUUUUAAUAUUCUGUUUAAAAAUUUUUUGUUACACGAGUAUUUUAGACCUUUAAUGUGUUUAGAAAUCCCAGGUCAGUAAUACAGGUUUGUCCUGCUUAUAUGUGCUUGAAGAGUUUUGUUCAAUUUUAGUUUAAGACAAAGUAGAAGUUAGGCUUCUUUGUUUAGGCUUCUUCAUUUGCUCUAUGGUAGCUCAUAAGCUGAGCAUUAGAAGACUGAUGUUAUGUUCCCUCAGCAUACAAUUUUUCCUGUUGACCUUAGCAGGAGUUCUCUGCAUGAUGGGGAGAAAUGAAGUCCCUAUCAUGUUUUAAAUGUUUAGUCUUGUCAGUCCUGCUGAAGGAGAAAAAUAAAACAGCACUGAGCUCAAGAAAUCAAAGUAUAAUUAAGGUGAGACCAGGUUCUGUGUAUAACAGCCCCUUACACUAAAAGCUAACAGCUGUAGAAUUGGGAAUGUAAAGGGAUUAUGUAUCACUACUUGAAGUCUAUUCAAAUUACUGAACUGGGAUUUUAAUUUAUGGAAGCUUUUUUACUGUAGGACGUGGUAGAAUUAAUGCUGAGUAACUUGCAAAGCACAGGAGUAGGGUUUGCUUGUAUAUUACCCCAAAGGGAAAAAAGCCUUGAAGGUAGUUGUUUUAUUUUGGGCUUUUUAACCUUUCUUAAGGUCUUGGUGGCUGCCUAAAUGCACGUCUUAAUGGUAGGGACUAAGAGCAUUCAAUACCACAAACUGUAUUUGAGCUUGCAUAUAUUGAGAAAGAAUUAAUUAUUCAGAUGAAGGAAACAAGGUGUUUGGGGUAAAGGGGGAAUCUUGUUUUUUAAUUACCUUCACUCCUCAGGAAAAUAAACGCUAUUUGGUUUGAUAAUGUG